AUGGGGACGAGAGCAAGACUGCCAAACCUCAUUCGGAGCCUCCAAAAGGAAGCCCAGCCAAAACCCACAUGCCAACAAUCGCUGCCUUCGCUUAGACGCGCCUUCUCUCUCUACGAUCAGAUCAAUCUCAUUGACAACGUCCCUAAUGACCAGCUUCGAUUUCAACGGUACACGGACUCAGGGUUCACAGUGAAUGGGGUGGACUAUGAAGGAAGCUUGCUUUGUGUUGGAAACAUGUUGAUGUCUUGGGCUCCCAAGAAAUUCUCUGAAAUCACUCCUGAUAGCCUGUCCAUCUUCCAAACCGUGCGACCUGUGCCAGAGAUUUUGAUUCUUGGCUGUGGGAGGUACAUUGAACCUGUAAGUCCUGAACUACAACGCUUCAUCCGGUCUACUGGAAUGAAAUUAGAAGCCAUUGACUCGAAAAAUGCUGUAUCAACCUACAAUAUACUCAACGAGGAAGGGAGGAUUGUGGCUGCUGCGCUUUUACCGUAUGGGAUUUUGUCAUGA